AAAAUCAACAAAUGUUGGCGGAAGCUCCAAUGACUCCUCCAUCUAUAUAAGUCUCAGGUGCUGCUCUUCGAGCCUUCAACACUAUAGCUCACACUGCUCCUCCUCCAUUGCUAUCCUCCUUUUUCUCAACCAAUCAAAUCUCACAAUCUUCGGAGAGCUAUGGUUGAUUCCGCCGCCGACGCCAACAUGGACGCUGUCCAGCGCCGCCUCAUGUUCGAGGACGAAUGUAUAUUGGUUGAUGAGAAUGACAAUGUUGUUGGUCAUGAUACCAAAUACAAUUGCCAUCUGAUGGAGAAGAUUGAAUCUGAAAACUUGCUGCAUAGAGCCUUCAGUGUUUUCCUGUUUAAUUCAAAAUAUGAGUUGCUUCUUCAGCAACGAUCUGCAACAAAAGUUACCUUCCCUUUGGUGUGGACUAACACUUGCUGCAGCCAUCCUCUUUACCGGGAGUCCGAGCUUAUUGAUGAGAAUGCACUUGGAGUGAGAAAUGCUGCCCAAAGGAAACUUCUUGAUGAAUUGGGUAUUCCUGCUGAAGAUGUCCCAGUUGACCAGUUCACACCAUUGGGCCGUAUGCUUUACAAAGCACCUUCUGAUGGGAAGUGGGGAGAACAUGAACUUGACUAUCUUCUCUUCAUUGUGCGGGAUGUCAGCGUGCAUCCGAACCCCGAUGAGGUUGCAGAUGUUAAAUACGUGAACCAAGAGCAGUUGAAAGAAAUUUUGAGGAAAGCAGAUGCUGGCGAGGAGGGUAUAAAACUGUCCCCUUGGUUCAGACUUGUUGUGGAUAAUUUCAUAUUCAAAUGGUGGGACCAUGUUGAGAAAGGGACUCUCAAGGAAGCUGCCGACAUGAAAACCAUUCACAAGUUGAUCUAAAGAGGUUGGCUCAGCUUGCGGUCAAACCAACUAUCCCAUGUCGAGCUAUUAUUUGCUUUAAUUGGUUUGGGUCUUGUAACAUUGAUGUGUCCUAGUGUGGUAUAGACUGAAAUAAAGUAGUCCCUUGUGAGCUUCUGGUUUCAUGCAUUGUGGAAAAUUCUCACUUUGUUUUAAACUGGCAGUUUUGUAGAACUGAUGUUCCAUAAUCACAGAUUUGAACUCCUUUCUUA